AUGCAAGAUUUCCUUCCUUCAUACCAGCUCCACCGCUAUCUGAAUAGACACCUGGACGAGAUUAUCAAUGAUCACAAGCUUGACUCUCCACCGGAUUAUUCUGAGGUCGUAAAUGAGGCCGGAGGAAGAUCGCGAAUGUCAUUCGAAAUUCGUGAGGAGCCUCAGGAUGGAAUGGCUUCGUUGGUUUCGGACCAGAAGAACUCUGUGUGGAGAAAGAUUGACAAACUAAGGUACAUGGAUCAAACUUCUGUUUAUAUUGAUAUUCAACUGGAUGACUACACAAAUGUUCAUUAUGCUCCGGUCACUAGCGGAGACAUUGUGAAAGGAACGGUGAAAGUCCACAACAUCGGACCGCACCCGAUCCCCUUCGCAAACAUCUUUGUUAGCUUUGAAGGGUAUUUUUGGGCUUUGAAGUCCUCCUCCAAAAUGCUUAUCCAUAAUUUCUUGGACAUGAUAGAUUUUGAAGCCAGUUGUCUGUGCGAAGACCCUGAUGCAGGGCUCCCGCCUGACCGUAUCUUAAGACCAAACAGCUUAUAUAUGGUGCGCUUCAAGUUCCAAAUCCCGGAAACGUCUAAAUCGGGACAUUCUCUGCCUCCGUACAUGGGAGAUCUGCAUCUCAGACACAAGAUACACUCUCAGAUCCAGGAUUCGCUCUUUAUGCGGGACUGCUGUUUCCGUGGAGACUACAGCUGCGACAGUUAUAGCAUCAGCUACUCGGUCAAUGCCAGAUUGCUUGAACUGAGCGAGACAAAGGACGAGCUUGUCAUCAGACGUCACAGCAGACACAUGGUUGCGUUCAAGCCCAAGUUACAACCGGACGAUGCUUUGAUAUUGCUCGAUCCGGCCGAUGAACUGCGCUUGCUUGUGAACUCGCUUGAGGACGAGAUCAGAACUCUGCAAAUCAAAAGCGAGCCGCCGCCCGGGGCCAAGGCAGACGAAGCGCCCGGGUACUCGUUCCGAGUAUCACAAGAGCGGGUAGUAUUCCGACUCCAGCUGAAAAACAAGCCUGGCGUGUUUAUCGACAAGUAUCUAGAUUACUCGCUAAGCUCGGACCACCUCCAGACGAAACGGAACAUCGCCAUUACCUUCAAAGAGGAUAUGAAAAUAACCUCGAUUGACUUGUAUGCUGUCAACUACUACAACCAGCACAAGAUACCCGUUCACCUGUCUUCGGAGUGGUUUAUCAACCAUGUUCCUUUUGAGACGGUUAUUAGACCGAAGUUCAAGGAGCUGGAGACAAGCUUGGAGGGUUGCGGCAACGAAGAGUCGCUAGAGCUUGUGAAAAGUUUGAGCACGCUCAAGUUUACAGCAACCAAGAUGCCAAAGGUGAUUCAGUAUAAGAAAAUGGGCCCGACCUCCUUUGAGAUCAUCCUUACCAAACCCAAAAAAGAUAUUGUUAUUCCUUCUUUUGAGUUCAUGUUUUGUGGACGCAUCUAUUUCCUGCGUUUCUAUGUGAAGCUCCCACACGACUUCCUUUAUCAAGGCGAGUCCAAGCUGGCUUUCGACGUUCCGGUGUCCAUCCAUUGA